AUGUACAGCGCAAGAGAUGCGGGCUGGAGAAAGAGAGUGACCGGACAUGCAGGGACCGUCCACGACUGCAGACUUGUCGCUGGUCUUGAUCGCAUGGCACCAAAGAGGAGUGCCGCGAAAGCCAAAGGAGGCAAAAUGAAGAAGCCCGCAAGCAGCAAGGUCCAAAAACGGCCUGCGGCGGCGAAGGCCGCGCUGAAGCGACCAGCGGCCAUGAAGCAAACACCAGCAAAGAAGGCCAAGACCGUGGCCACGGAUCCAGUGCUCCAGGAGCUGCGAGCCUGGGUAGUGAAUCUGGAGCGUCGUCCAGACAGGUGGAAGCGGGUUGCGACGAUGUUGAAGAAGGAGCUGCCUUGGUUGUCCUUCGAGCGCUUCCUGGCGUCAGAUGGAUCGAAGAUGACGAUUCCCGAAGAGGACAUCGCUGUCAAAUGGAGCACGUCCAGAAACGCACUCUUCGCUGACUACUUCGAGUGGGUGUUCGAGGAUGGCAGCCCAUGGAUGUGGGCUGCUGAUGCUCCAGAAGAAGAUGACAAUUGGAUUUUUCAGGAAGACGGGCCUGAAUUCAGCUAUGUGCGCGAUGCACCAAGCUUUGAUACUCAGCCGCCUCGAAAGGGGACCGUGACCAAAAAAUCUACCGGUGAGAAGUUCCAGGUUCGACUGUCUUUUGCACAGCGGUUCCGCGAUGGUCAGGAGCAGCUAAUGUCUGGCGGAGAGCGUGGCUGCGCCCACUCGCACUUGCGCCUUUGGCGCCUUGCGGCCGAGCGAGAGCAGCCCACGCUGGUGUUGGAGGAUGAUGUUCACUUGACCUUUGAUCGCAAUGGCGAUCUUGGCAAGAUGAACGGCAAGGCGGACGUGGUCUACCUGGGCUGGUCUGGAUGGCGAGGUGGGAAUUUCAUGCACAUGAAGGAGUCUGAAGGCACGCUGUCGGCAGAGGACCGAAGCUUCGUCCAGAAGGCAGAGUACGUGUGGACGACUGUUGCGUACGUCCUCUCACAGGCUGGUGCAAAGAAGCUGCUUCUGGCAGCCAGCAAUUCUGUCAACCAGCCGGUUGACAACUUCAUGGCAUACGAGGCCAGCCAGGGAAAGCUGAACUCGUAUGUCUGCCUAGACGAGGGUGACGAGGACAGCACGUGGGCUGGUGGAAUCGUUGAUCAGUUUGACUUCCAGGGAGAUUCGGACAUCAAGAAGUCUGAUGGUGGCCAUCAGGGAGAUGAUGCCAACGAGUUCGCAACCUCCUAG